AUGUUUAUGAUCCUUCAGGAUGAAUCCUUUAGUAAAGGGAAGAAGAAGGGAAAUAAGAAGAAUCUAGAUGGGGGGACGAGGUACAUUUUGGGUACGAAGUUCCGUUCUAGAACUGGAUGCUUGGUUUGUCGGAAGAAAAAGAGGAAAUGUGAUGAACACCACCCAAUAUGUAAAUUUUGUGAAAUAAGAGGAUUACAUUGUUCGUACUUAGAUGAUGAAAAGUCUGAAGGCGAUGACGGCGGAAUCAAUCCAGUCAAUGAUACUAACUCAGGGAAUGAUUCGCUUAAAUCGGGGAACAGCCCCAUCAGUGGAAAUGGAGAUAAAAGGCCGGAGGGCUUUAAAUCCUUCGACGAGCCGUCUGAUAGAUCUGGCACUUCUAAAGUUCAAGAAUUUCCCACGGAAAAGAUUCCUAAUAACCCUAGCUUGUCUAUCCUAGGAUCAGUAAGUAAUGAUGAAAUAAUCAGGAAGAGACAACAACUAGAUGAUUUCCAACCCAUAGAAGAACAAGUUUACGAAGUUUAUGAUGAUACUUAUCCGCCACCAGAUCACGAAUAUCAUAAUUCCAAAACUUUAGAAGUCAGCCAUCCCAACAACCAACUAACCAUUAACAUGGUUCAUCCUCAUGAUAUGAAUAUGCAUCACAAUAUGAAUAUGAAUAUGGAAAACGUGAAUGUAAUGAAUAUGAACAAUAUGAAUAUGAUGAACAUGAACCACAUGAAUGGUAUGACCAUGAAUAAUGUAAACCUAAUGAUGAACAUGAACAAUAUAAACCCUAUGCCCAAUAUGCAUAACAUGCACAACAUGAAUAUGCAAAUCAACCAAAACCUUCCAAAUUAUGAUUACAUGUAUAAUAUACCGAGUGAACCCACCUCAUUACCAUUAUUAUAUUUAGAUUCCAAAGGCAUGGACUUCUUGGAUUAUUUCAAUCACCAAGUAUCGAAAAUACUAGCUGUUGGGCCUGAAGUAUCCAAUCAUUUUCAAAAGACUUUUUAUAAAUUAGCAAAUAAUGAUGAAAGUUUCAUGUAUGCUGUCAUAUCAUGGUCAGCUUUAUAUAGAGGUGAACAAUCAGAUGUCAACCAUUAUUUGAACAAAGCCAUUUCCAAGUUCAAUUCUCAGUAUGAUCAAAAUAAUGCAGUUAAACAAGAUUUGUCUACGAUAUAUUUCAAAUUGUGCUUUUAUACGAUUCUUUAUGCCCAAAAUAUUUGUUUGGGUGAUACGAAUAAAUGGUAUAAGAUACUUUUAGAGUGCUGUUUAUUAUUCAAAGCUAACGGAGGCUUGAAAGAAUUGAGUAGGAAAUUCAAUUAUAGUAAUGAGAUUAGAUUUAUAAUAUCUAAUAUCCAAUAUUCUGAUACUUUUGGUUCAAAAGCUCAUAAAUUCGGUCCUAUUUUUAAAAGUGAAGAAUAUGCGGAUUUGGUCAAUAAUACUCCAUUCAAGCUGAACGAAAUGAAUUAUGGAAUCGAUACUUUGCAAGGUAUUCUGCAGUCAAUUUUAACUGUUUUCUGUGAAACCAUUGAAUUGAAAGUUAAAAUAGGCAAAGUUCAUAGCAAAUUACUUGAAAUUGAAAAUCAAAAAGAAUAUUUCCAUUUCAAAGAUAAGAAUUUUCAACACAUCAAUAAAGAAAUUGAAAAUUUACAACUAAAAAUAGAAGAAUGUGUACCUCAUGCACAAUUACUUAAAUUGAUCAAUGAUAUAGAAGAUUACAAAUUGAACAAUUUAUGUUUCAAACUUUAUCAUAGAAUGACACAGCUUUAUUUCAACUUAUAUAUCAAACAAAUACCCCCUAAUAGUUUAGUUAAUCAAAUUUUGGUAAAUGAAUUAUAUGAAAUAAUCGAUAUACUUGUCAAUACGAAAUUUUGUGUCAUUGUAUGCUUUCCUUUGUUAUUGUGUGGAAUCUGCUGUAGUAACAAAUUUGAUAAAGAGAAGGUUGAAAAGAAAUUAUUAAGAGCUAAAAAUUCCACUCCUGUUCUAAAUGCCGAAAAAAUUUGGGUAGUCAUUAAAAGAUCAUGGGAGUUAAAUCCUCAUGGGAAUUUGAUCAUUGAUUGGUCAGAUAUUUGUGAAGAAUAUGGUUGGUGUUUGAAUGCUUGUUAA